CAUGUGGAUUUGCAAGAAGUCAUGCUAACAUGGAAGCUUCGAUUAGAGAGGAUUAUAUUUUCUCAAAGUCCAUCAAUUGACUUUCAUUUUCUUUCUCAUAAAUUCCCAUAUAAACACGCCAUUACCCAUACUUGAAAAACCGAAAUCUCUCAAAUCUCUCUCACAAAAAUAUCAAAUGCUCAAACCCUUUAUCUGCGGGACAGGCUCUUUCGAUAAUCACCUAGAACAACAUGAGCCUUGUUCUAGCCGACCCACUAACUCCACUCCAAAAAAAACUAAAAAGAUUGGAUCUUGCAAACCAAAAGAAAACACAAACCCUUAUUCCAAUCGAGGGCUCGACAAAUUCUCUGCCCUCCUUGCCGAACUUGAAGACAAGAGACAGAAAAUAUACAGUCAGAUUAACCCAGAUGAAAUCUCCUUCCUCCGAUUCGUCUACUCCAAUUCCAACGACUGUCGUCCGAUCGUUAUCAAGGUGAAACAGAGAAAACAGGAUUCCAAUCCCAUUAACAAUGAUAACCCUGUCGUCCCUGUUGUUGAAGAAUUCAAGGACAAAAAGCUUACUCCUUCUUCUUCUCCGCCGCCGCCGCCGCCGGUAAUGAAUAUUGAUCGUAAAGAGAAGAAACAGAGUAGUAGUUGUACAAUGAAGAAAUUGGGUAUGCGGAGACCAAUGAAUUAUUUGUCGGCGGCUUUGAUCUUGAUAUUGGUUAUGUUGGUUCUGUUUGGGAAAUCUUUUGCUAUUGUUUGUUUGUCGAUGGGGUGGUAUUUGGUUCCCGCCAUUAAAGGUGAAAGCUUUGAGAUUGGGAAAUCGAAGGCGACGACCAAGAAAAAGAAAGACUUUACGAGAAGAGAUAGUAAGAUGUUGAAGAUGAAGAAGAUCGAUGAUGGGUCGUCUUCUCCUAAUAGUGUUCUCGUUGGAGCAAUGGCUGAUUACGCCGCCACGCCACGGCGGCAAGGUCCCCGGAAGUGCUGGUGAAGACUCAUGUUUUUUUUUUGUUUUUUUUGGCCAGGUCAACUAUUGUAAAUUUUUUAAAAAAAAAGGUUUAAGGCCUGUUGUUUUAACUUUUAAAUUCAAAGUAUCAAAUAAUCAUUU